AUUAUUUAAUUUAACUUAAUUUAAUGGUCAACUAAAAAAACAUGAGAUGAUGAAAGAUGAGAAAAAUAAAAGACAAUAUCAGUUGAAGGACAAUAGUUUUGAACACAUUAGUGAGAAAUUAAAAGAGGAGGAGAGUGAGGAGAUCAACAGAAAGAAGAAUACUACAGAGGAGCAAGAAACCCCAGUGUUGAGAAGUAAAGCUAAAAAGAAAAAGACAAGCUUUGAAGUCAAAGAUGAACUGGAACAGAAUGCUUGCUGGGAAACUGAGGCAAAUGAAGAGAUAAAACAUAAAGAAAAAGAAAGCGAUAAAACAAUUGUAUUUGCUACUGACAUUCUUCCUAAAGGGGAAACGGAGCUGAAAAUAACUCCAGAGUUUAAAGAAAAUACAAGGCAUCUGUUAGGGGAACUUGGUGAUGCACAAAUGAAGACAAAUCUGGAGAAAAACAUACCUGAAGAGAAGAUUCACUGCCAGGUUCAAGAAAACUUUACAAUCGUAAAUGCACAGACAAAACAGGACUUUCAAAUGAAGGAAUCACAGAGACAGACUGAAACAACACAGGACACACAAUUACAAGCAGAGGUUUAUGAUUUAAAGAAGGAAGCAGAUGAGCUCAGUAAAGACCGAGAUCGUAUAAGAACAGCACUGGAAAAAAAUGAAGCAAUGCUAAUUCAUUAUCAAGAAAAAGCACAUCAGCUGGAGAAAAAGGUAAUGAGGAGCUCUGAAGAGGAAUCACAGGAGCGUGUGUGUACCAUGCAAAGAGCUGUGGCUGAGCUGGAACUGAAGCUAAUGAAAUUACAACAAAGAAAUGAACGUCUGGAACAUCGCAUUGAGAAAUUGAGAUUAGACAAAACGAACCUACGAGACACGUUAAAACAGGUUGAGCUGGAAAGGGAGAAAUUGAGAUGUCAGCUGUCACAGUCAAAUGCAGAAAUGCAGGAUCUCAGCAAUUCUUCUGGAGCUGAUGAGUUGAAGUGUCUGAGAGCACGGGCAAGUGAACUGACUGCUGAGGUUCACCAGUUACGUCUGCUGCUGGCUUCAGAUCAUCAGGAACGGGCAGACUUUAUUGACCAGUCCUUAAGGAAUAGUAAUUCGUUGCAGACCCUGAGGCAGGACCUGAAUGACUCUCUUACACUGGUGUCUAAGCAGCUUGCCCCUACCGUUUUGGAGUGUGAAACACAAAGACUGGACAGGAGCAUAAGAGGAGAGCAGCUCAGGAUUUUGCUCAGUCACAGCUAAUAAUAAUGAGAUUUCCUAAUUUGCACAUUUAAUAAAGUCCUUUUUAGAUAGAUACAGUGCCUUACAUAAACCUUAAAGCUUUCCACAUUUUGAGUGUUACUACCUACGACUGAAAUCAGCUUAAUGAUAUGAAUAAAAAAAAACUAAUAAUAUUUUUGAAGCAAAUCAAUGUAGUUUGCUAAAAUUAUUAACAUUAUACAUAAUAGACUAUUAUGCUUUUA